AUGCAGGCCCAGACAGUGCGGGCCUUCAAGGCCACGGUUAUGGCACCCACCAGGGUGACCGUGCCUCGCACGCAGCGCGUGGCCACCCUCCGCAGCAGCCGCCCUGCUCAGCUUCAAAGCGAGUUCUUGGCGCCGGUGGCGGCCAUCAAGGGCCUGUGCGCCUCUUUCGCACAGAUGGUCCUUGGCGCGGCGUCGCGGCUGUCGCAGGCGGGCCGCAGUGGCCUGCUGGUGGAGUGCAACAACAAGAAGGGCCUGGGCGUGACCCUGCGCGGCACCCGGCGGAAGCGGGCCCGCGUGAGCGGCUUCCGCGCCCGCAUGGCCACCCCCGCCGGGCGCCGGGUGCUGGCUGCCCGCCGCAAGAAGUGCCGCAAGACGCUGGUGCCCGCCUUGGUCCCCAAGCGCAAGAUGUGA